CUCAAAAUGGCGGCGACUUUAGAGCAAAUGGCGGAAAUUUUCUCUUCAAAAAUCUCCAGUUUAAAGCGAUGCAUGGAAUUAAGAGGCGCAGCAAGUUCUGCCAACUGUGAUUCUGUGUUGAGGUCACUGGACAAAGAAUUGCUAGAGAUAGAAUCUUCUCUAAGUAGCUUUCAAGCACAUUUGGAAAAGGAAAAGAAGUUAUUGGAGCAAGGAGAGGCUAUGCAAGAUGUUGCACAAAAAUUUAAAGAAAGACUUGAACACAUUGCAUCCAACCUCCCAUCACAUCUCCCUGGAGUUGAAAAGAUAUCACAAAGAGUUGUUUUGAAAGAGGAAGUUGCAACAGAGAAUGUGAAAAAGCCAAGAAAGACCCGCAGAGCUAAAGAUCUAUCAAGCGAGGAUGGAUUUGAGUUUCCCAAGUUAGCAUAUCUCACAGUUGAAGAGUUUGAUCAAAUACCAAAGUACAUCAAGGGACGUACCUCCUAUGACCAAGUCAACAAUGCCAUUGAUGAAAUCCAUAAAGUCAUCACAGCAAAAUACAAGAUACUACGUCUUCCUCGCUCAGCAAUGGGGGAGCCAGUUAUGAAAAAAUACAAGGCUUUCAAAGAGGCUGAGAUACCAGACAUAGAGGGAGAGUAUUUUUUCAUCGAUGAUGAUCUUAAGACAUACUCACAAAUGAAGAUGGACUCCACUGGAAGGGCAAUUCUUACCAUGUUAAGACAUUGUGGCCGGCUCAGGGAAGUACGAGGAAAAAAACUGCUCAGAUAUGUUCUUAAACUGUGAAUGCUCAUACUGAGCAAUUGAAACAUUUUACUCCAUGUCAUGAUUAGUUAUGGCAUUGUAUAAGGCAAAGAGGUGUCUACAUUUUUCAGUCCAACUGUAACUUUACUUUUAUUCCCUGUACAGUGCAUAUCUUGAUCAUAUCUGAUAAACCUCUUUAAAUUACUCUUUACUUUCCUAUUGGCUCUGUUCUCUAGCACUUACAUAUAGAACUUGAUUCUCUGUAAAAGUAUGAAAUAAAUACAAAGAUACAGAUAGUUCUCUAGAUAAUGAAGCCGUCUUUGCUGGUUGUAAAAGUGAGUGCACUGAAACUAUUCUUUACAAAAUAUUGAAAAAAAUUUGUCAAAUAAGACGAGAUUUUGUGAUAUCCAACCAAGAAGAGUUUAAAAUCUACUGUAAGUUGAAGUCUUAAAAGUUGAUGACAAAAAAGAAAAAAAAAACUGGGUUGAAUCUAGUAAUUUUAGAACCUGAUACUUAGAAUGUUUAUCUGCUUUGUUUUAAUUUGUUCAUAAACUUCACAAAACCAGAUGUGCAUCAGUUGCAUCUACAUGUAAAGAGUGGAGACUUCACAUGAUUGAUUUAACUCUCAAGUCGCCCGCAAAAUCGACUUUCUCCUAAAUCAGUGUCUUUUAUUUCUUUGACUUCUCUUAAUUACAAGUAGUUUAAAAAUUCUAUCUAUCAUUAUCUAUUGUCGAUUUCAUUGGAAAAAGCCAAGGUCAGGUUUUUUUCAUUUUUUUGUUCACUAUUGUUUGUUCCUGUCGUAGUCUGAGUAUUGUUCUUCGUCUUAUUUAGCUCCGUGAUCCAUAUGAAGCUAAAUCGUUGUCGUUAUCUUUUGCUAGAUUAUUGUCCCUUAGUUUGGAUUUCUUUGAAUCCUGUUUCGGUGAAGUUAUAGGUUCUCAGUGAUGUAUUUGUCAUAAAUUAUAAUAAUAACUUAUAACUAGUGGUUUACCAACUUGUCAUUUUCGUAUUUUGUUAUGUCAUGUUAAUAACAUCGUUGUGGACUGGAACUCAACUUCUCUGUUAAAAUUCUUCUGGGUUACCUGUUCAUUUUUUGUCGUAGGUCCUGUGCAUACAUUUCGGUAAUACUAUAUGUUUUACAUUACCUGGUAUUAUGAGCAUUAUUUUCCUUACUUUUCUUACUUUGAGAACAAAAGUUUGAAAUAAAAGUAGUAACGAAUCAGUUGUUACAUGUUACAUGUUAAUAUGUUGGUAAAUUACAGAAGGCGGUAUAGUAUGUUGUUUGAAUCAAGCAGAUUUUCGUUUUUCUUGGUUACACAUUUAUUAGCUGUCGUCGAAACUAACUUGAAGAAAACACGUCGUCUGAAUGCGUUAAAUAAUACAGACAAGGAUAACACCAGCUUACCGAUUAAUAUUGAAUUAAUAUUAUUACAAAGAACACUAUGCAAAGACAACAGUAGCAAUUAAAUAACUAUCAAGUUAAUGGGUUAGUUUUUUAAGUUGUAAAUCUACGUUCUCGUCAAGCUUUCGUUCUCUAUUUUUAAGAACCCUAAUUUUUUUACUAAUUCAACCUUUCUUGUUAGUUUUAAGAGGCACUGAAUUUUUGUUAUUGAUUCCAUGAUAAAAAUUUUAACCGGUGUGGCUCCUUUGAGUUCGUUUUUUAGUAGUAUUAAUAUUGUUGCAUCGUGAGCUAGUAGAAAACAUGGUUGAAAUUAGGAAUCUUUAAUGAUGGCAAAUA